AUGGUUUUCGGAUGUCUUUCUUCACCUAUCAUGAAGCGGAAAUGGAAGUUUCCCAAGGUUAUCAUCUGGCUUAAUGUAAUCGAACUGGCGGGAACCGUCGCUGCACUCGUCAUGUUUGGUAUCGCAGAUCCAGAUUUAUAUCGAACGAAAAUGUGGCAGAUUGGUUAUGAUAAUGGAUUCAAUAGUAGUCCGGAUGAGGUUUUAUAUGCUUAUGCGAAUUAUCGUCCAUUGCCAAAGAUUGCUUUUGUUUGGAGUCAGACAUUACAAAAUUUCAAUAUUGGAAUCUCGGUUCUUUCCAUGUUCAUCCAACUUUGCAAAGUUGUCAUGUUCAUUAUGCAUAUCUGGUAUCCUCUUCUCUCGACUAUUAUAAAUGGACUUCUCACAGUCUGUUGGAUUGUCAGUAUAUACGGACAAGCCGGACCAGAUCAUACGGAUCCAGAACAUCCAAGUAAUGUGGCUUGGUAUAUUGCGAAGAGUUGUUCAUAUGCUGCACCUAGUGGAAAUGAACAUUAUUGUCAAAUGGCAAAGGGAAGUUUUGCUGUUACGGUAUUUAUGAUGGUUGUCUAUCUCGCAAACACAAUUCUCGGUAUUCACUCUCUAAUUCCUUCACGCCUCGAACGUUCAGUCAAUGCACUCGAUCUCGAAGAUAAUAUCGAAACAUCUACCAAAGCGGGCAAGAGAGUAAAGACAACAGAUUCUCCGGAUUCAGAGCGACAAUGGGAAAUGCAGAAUAUGCAACAAAGUAUGGAUCCUUCCAAACAACCUUUUACACCAAGAACUUUGGCUUUCAAAUCUUUGGAUAGACAAUUACCUUUGAGGGCUACUUCGGCACCGAGAUUUGCGUAA